GGUUUUCUCACGACGCGGCUCAAAUCAUUUGCAGGGGUUUACAUGAACAUUCAUAAACGUAUAAGCAUUUGUUUAGUUUUUUCUAUGUAUAGAUAAAUUCGGAAAAAAUGGAUUGUGACAUAACAAAAAUGAGCUGUGUAUACGAGGAUGUAAUGCUUCACUUAACUUUCAUAAAUCGUAAAUGAUUAUUACUAUUAUUUCUAUGCUUCCAGAAGGGCGAGAAUAUAGUUGACACUUUGUCCGUCCUUCCGUCUGUCCGCCCGUUCCGUAGUAAAACUUGAAAAGUAUUAACGGCAUUUUAUUAAAAUUUUACAUAAUCAUAGAGGCCAUUGAGACAAAGAGGAGUGUUACAGGACCAUAACUCUACCUUACCUAGCUUUUGAAUUAUCUCCCUUUAUUAUACAAAAUAAGGCUUGUCAGGAGCACUACUUGAAAAGUAUUAUGACAUUUCAUGUAAACUUCACAAAAUCAUAAAGGCCAUUGACAGUACGGCCUCAAAGAAUUAUCAUGAUUGGUCUAAUAGCCCGGCUUAUAAGUCAUUCGAUCUUGCACUUUUUAGUAGAGACAAGCCAUGAACAUAAAAUGAUUGAAGGUUAUGUCAAAUAGAAAUCUGGAUAUGGAACACUGACUUUUCGCACCUUCUCUUGUCAGGGGCAGACAACUCAUAUAAAGAAUAUUUUCAGAAAAUUUCUUUUUAAAUCGUCUUAUUUUGCUCAAUUUUUAAUAAAACUUUAAGAUUUUUGGGAUUUAAGUGUUUUGUGCUAAUAUCUUUCUACAUUUUUGUUGUAUUUAUAGUAUCAAAAGCAGGUUUACUCUAAAGUUUAUUCAUGCGCAACGACUUCCGUUAUUUUGAUAAAAAUGCUGUUAGUAGUUAUAUUUUUUAAUGAAUCCUGACAGAUUGUUAUAUUAUUUAUCUUUAUAGGAAUGCAAAAUUGAAAUAAUGUAAAUGAAUAAUAUAUUUCAGAAAAAGACAAAAAUAUUCAUUGUGGUUUAUAAACAGCUACUGGUCCUUUCUUUUUAUCAAAAUUACCGUAAAAUGUUUGUAAUAUAAUACUCAUUUUUCAAUACAAAACCCUUAAAACAACACUUAUUACACUUUUGUGACAUUAUCCGCGAUCGAAUAUAUCGUUUUCCUAGGAAAAAAACCAGUUAACGCAAUUAAAAGGGAGGUAAUCGGUAAAUGGAAAUAGAUAGUGCAUAUUUGUCGCAUUACUGUGAUUUAUGUAAUAUAACAGUACUCCGAGGGGUAAAGAAGUCACAGAAUAAUAUGCACAAAGAACGCCUCCCUAUUACGCAUGAUAUCCUGAAAGAUAUGAUCACAUCUUUAAAAAACGGCCUUCUCGGCCAGUACGAUAGUCUAAUGCUCGCAGCAGCAUGCAGUAUGGCAUUCUACGGUUUCCUGCGUUGUGGGGAAUUUACAGUUUCUGGAGCUCUAUCCAAAACAGCAGCCUAUGCCUUGAAAAUAAAUGAUGUCACAUUCGAAAAAGACAAAUCAGGUUAUGUUCUUAACCUUAAAAACUCUAACGCAGAUGUUUUCAGGUCUGGGGUGAAGGUAACAGUUGCCGCAACAGGAUCCACUACAUGCCCGCUGCAACUACUAGAUGAAUAUAUCAACUUACGGUUCAAGUGUGGAGCUAGUCUGCACGACCCUCUAUUCAUUAACAGUUGUGGUAAAACUUUAACAAGAGAAUUUUUUAUAACCAGUAUCAGGAAACUGUUACGUGACAUAGGGAAAACUCCAGAUUUCUAUUCUGGUCAUAGUUUCAGAAUUGGAGCCGCAACAACAGCUGCAAAAGUUGGUAUAGAGGACCAUCUAGUUAAAACACUGGGAAGGUGGACUUCAGGCUGCUACUCCAGAUACAUUAGAACAAACCGAAAGUCCAUACACCAAGCACAAAACGCUAUGUGCCGAGUGGAGUCUUAAAGAUAUGAUCGAUUUCAAGGUCUUUAAGUACACAAGUUUAGACAUAUUUCCAAAGAUGGCAAGUUAGUUAAUGGGAAGUCAUACACAGAAGUUACGAGUGUUCUUAGUGCUUCUGUUAUACGUAGGAGAAGAGUACGAGUGUUUGUAGUACCUCUUCUAAGUCAGUGUUAGUUGGUCAACAUACAAAUGCAGUAUCUAGUUAUCCGGUCUGUGUCCAGAUGCGCUGUGUCCAGACGCAUCAAGGCAAGCGAUAUUUAUUUCUUGGAAGGAGUUUCAGUCCCUUGUCGGGCAGUACUUCUUUUGUUGAUGGUGGUAUCCAUGGACUUUGCGAACUGACUCUUAACGAGUUUAGCUAUGGCUACAGACACUCUUACGCUACAGGUGUUAACUGACUCAUAAACUUUUUAUAUAAGAACAUAAAUUCAUGACUGUUACCCUUAGUUGUGGCAUAUUGGCAUAGCGCCUUUUUUGCACACUGCCAAUUCAUAUAUACAGUAUUAUAUUGGUGUAUAAUUAACUUGCACAGGUAAAACAUUCUUUAGUGCUGUAUGUUAAACAAUGAAUGUAAAUAUCUCAAGAAUAUGUUUAACGACUGUUCUUAUGAAAUCAUUGAUAUAUGAUGACAUUUUUCACACUGCCACCUCCGUUAUUCAAUUUUUAUACUUGUGCAGAAUUAACUCAUAUUUUUAAGAAUGGUCUGUUAAUGCCGUAGGUUAAACAAUGUAGGCGCACAUCCUAAGAAUAGUUUAUACCAGUCAAACUAGUUAACAGCCGUUACCCUCAGUUGCGGCAGCAGUCACAUAUAUUGCAUUUUUACACCCACCUUUGUUACACAGUAAUAUAUGGGUGUAAUUAAUUUAACUUGUAUUUUAUUUUAUUUUUUUAGAAUUAUUGAUUUAAAGGUGGCAUAUUAAAUAAAUAUGUUAAUAUUUAAAAACGUUCUAAAAUAAGUGCAUAUUACUUAAUGGCAGUUACUCUUAGUUGUGGCAGUAUAGACAUCUUAAUGACAUUUUCACAGUGUCACUUCCGAUAUAUAUCAGUAUUAUAUUUGUGUAGAAUUCAACUAGGAUUUGUUAAAAAUGUGCCUGUAAUGUGGUAUGCUAAAUGAUUUAUGUACAACUUUUAUGAAUUUUUAUAUAAGUACACACAAGUUAAUGACUGUUACCCUUAGUUAUGAAAGUAUUGGCAAAUGACACUGUGUGCAUUUCCAUAUUUGAUUGAUUAUAUUGGUGUAUAAUUCAACUAGUAUCUGUUAAGAAUGUUCCUUUAGUGUACUAUGUUAAACAAUCUAGGUAAAACGUCUGAGAAUAUUUGAUAUAGGUUCACAUGAGUUAACAACUGUUACCCUUAGUUGUGACAGUACUGUAUUUAUGACAUCUUUCACAUUUCUACCUUUGAUAUUAGUGUUAGAUUGACCUGCAUAUAAUUCAACUUGUAUUGGUUAGAUUGUUCCUUCAAUAUCAUAUGUUAACAAUUUCGUAUGUAAAUAUGUAUUACCUUAUAAGAGUGCAGAACCUGGGAAUUAUUUUUAAGGGGGCUCUCGCUCAGUCCAUUGCCUACAAUGAACCUCACUCGUUUGGCCAUUAUAUAAUUCAGGUUAUAUAUACGCCCCCUUAACAAGUCACUGAAUAGAACCAAAUAACUAAACGUUCUCUGGAAAAGAUAUUCAAAGGUUAAGUCAUUUUUGAGUGUUCUUGAUACUACUGUCCCAUUAGUUCUACUUUGGUGGUUUGUUUAUUCGAACUCGGCUGCCGCUAACGCAGUUAGGUUCGCAUACCAGCGACUGUCAAACAAUUUUAAUCUAGUAUGCUUACGACCAUGACUGCUUGGAGUUUUGUCGGAUACUUUUAUCUGACGCAGUUCGUUGAACUGCCUUGAUGAGUGAUCAUCGUCGUUGACCAUGACUGCCUGAGGUCUCUUGGAUAUUGUCAUCGGAUCACAUUCAGUUCACCGAACUGCCUCGAUGGGUGCAAGCCCCAUUGCCUCGGUCAUGGUCGCCUUGGUCGAGAUCGCCAGCUUGCAGUGGUGGACUGUGCGGGCCUGUCUCCCUUUCGCCAAUAAUAUUUGAUAAUUAUUAAUUCAUGUUUGUAUUAUAAUGGAUGUUACAAAUUAAUUGUCUUAGAAUAAACUUUGUCUCGUAAAUCAGUUGUUGGUCUCUUUAAAGUAGAGAUUGAAUAAUUAAAUUCAAUCGAGUUUUGAAGAGUCCAAUAUAUGGUACACCCCUGGAGAGCCUCUCCUAACCUUUAACCUAUGUGAGUCACAUGGGCUUAUCAGUAAUCAGCUGCAGCUUCGCAUUAGUUCGCGCGUCCAGCUUCUUUCUUUCUUUGUUCGGAAGUGCGUAGUCAAGACCAGACAUUUUUCGGAGCUCACUAACCGCCAUCCACCCCUCCACCUUGUGCCACAAUUCUAGGUUCUGCAUUCUUGGAGUAGGAACGUACAGUUCAACACAGGGUUAACGGCCAUUAUAUAACUCAGGUUAUAUAUACGCCCCCUUAACAAGUCACUGAAUAGAACCAAAUAACUAAACGUUCUCUGGAAAGAUAUUCAAAGGUUAAGUCAUUUUUGAGUCUUCUUGAUACUACUGUCCCAUUGAUUCUACUUUGGUGGUUUGUUUAUUCGAACUCGGCUGCCGCUAACGCAAUUAGGUUCGCAUACUAGCGACUGUCAAACAAUUUUAAUCUAGUAUGCCUACGACCAUGACUGCUUGGAGUUUUGUCGGAUACUUUUAUCUGACGCAGUUCGUCGAACUGCCUUGAUGAGUGAUCAUCGCCUUCAGUCAUGGUCGUUGACCAUGACUGCCUGAGGUCUCUUGGAUACUGUCAUCCGAUCACAUUCAGUUCACCGAACUGCCUCGAUGGGUGCAAGCCCCAUUGCCUCAGUCAUGGUCGCCUCGGUCGAGAUCGCCAGCUUGCAGUGGUGGACUGUGCGGGCCUGUCUCCCUUUCGCCAAUAAUAUUUGAUAAUUAUUAAUUCAUGUUUGUAUUAUAAUGGAUGUUACAAAUUAAUUGUCUUAGAAUAAACUUUGUCU